GCGCUCGCCCCGCGGCGGCGGCCGCUAGGUGGCGCAUGCGCCCUGGAGGGCGCGGGCCGAUCUUUGAGAAGGCGGCGGCGGCGGCGGCGGCGGCGGCGCCGUGGGGGCCGGGUCCGUGUUUACACAGCGGCGGGCGGGUGCGGACGCGGAACCCGGCGCGACGGAGGCACGAUGGUCAUGGCGCAUUUCGUCGAGAAUUUUUGGGGAGAAAAAAAUAGUGGCUUUGAUGUUCUCUACCAUAACAUGAAACAUGGACAGAUAUCAACAAAAGAACUUGCGGAUUUUGUAAGAGAAAGAGCAACAAUAGAAGAGGCAUAUUCCAGGUCAAUGACAAAACUAGCAAAAUCUGCAAGCAAUUAUUCACAACUUGGAACAUUUGCACCAGUGUGGGAUGUGUUCAAAACUUCCACAGAGAAAUUAGCGAAUUGUCACUUGGAUCUUGUUAGAAAAUUGCAGGAAUUAAUAAAGGAAGUUCAGAAGUAUGGAGAAGAACAAGUAAAAUCUCAUAAAAAGACUAAAGAAGAAGUUGCAGGAACUCUGGAAGCUGUCCAAACCAUUCAGAGUAUAACUCAGGCCCUCCAGAAAUCCAAGGAAAAUUACAACGCCAAGUGUGUAGAACAGGAGCGUCUGAAAAAAGAGGGAGCUACACAAAGAGAAAUAGAAAAGGCUGCUGUUAAAUCUAAGAAAGCUACAGAUACCUAUAAACUGUAUGUGGAAAAAUAUGCAUUAGCAAAAGCUGAUUUUGAACAGAAAAUGACAGAAACAGCUCAGAAAUUUCAAGAUAUUGAAGAGACUCAUCUCAUUCACGUAAAGGAAAUUAUAGGAUCCUUGUCAAAUGCAGUGAAGGAAAUUCACUUGCAGAUAGGCCAGGUCCAUGAAGAAUUUAUAAAUAACAUGGCUAAUACUACAGUUGAAAGUUUGAUACAGAAAUUUGCUGAGUCAAAAGGCACUGGAAAGGAAAGACCUGGCCUUAUUGAAUUUGAAGAAUGUGACCCUGCUAGUGCAGUUGAAGGUGUAAAACCAAGGAAAAGGAAGACUUUUGCUUUACCAGGAAUAAUCAAAAAGGAAAAGGAUGCAGAAUCUGUGGAAUGUCCUGAUGCAGAUUCACUUAACAUUCCUGAUGUGGAUGAAGAAGGAUAUAGUAUUAAACCAGAAGCAAAUCAGAAUGAUACCAAAGAGAACCAUUUCUACUCAUCUAGUGAUUCUGACUCUGAAGAUGAAGAACCAAAGAAGAUUCGGAUAGAAAUCAAGCCUGUGCUUCCAAAUAAUUCACAUCACACAAUGGCUUCUUUGGAUGAGUUAAAAGUAUCUAUAGGAAAUAUAACACUCUCUCCAGCAAUAUCUCGACACAGUCCAGUACAGAUGAAUCGAAAUUCCUCUAGUGAAGAGUUAACAAAAUCAAAACCAUCUGCUACACCCAAUGAAAAAGGGACCAGUGACUUACUUGCGUGGGAUCCCCUAUUUGGACCAGCGCUUGAUCCAUCAUCUUCAGCUUCACUAACUUCAUCAUCAUCAGCCAGGCCCACAACUCCUCUUCCUGUAGGCACCAUUGUCCCGCCUCCAAGGCCUGCUUCCAGACCAAAGCUUACUUCAGGCAAACUCAGUGGGAUUAAUGAAAUACCCAGACCAUUCAGCCCACCUGUAACAUCCAACACCAGCCCACCUCCAGUCGCUCCUUUAGCCCGGGCAGAAAGUUCUUCCUCUAUCUCAUCAUCUGCUUCAUUGAGUGCUGCCAAUACUCCAACAGUAGGUGUGUCACGAGGUCCCAGCCCUGUCAGCCUUGGAAAUCAGGACACCUUACCUGUGGCAAUAGCCCUCACAGAAUCCGUUAAUGCCUACUUUAAAGGAGCAGAUCCCAGCAAGUGUAUUGUGAAGAUCACUGGUGAUGUGACAAUAUCAUUUCCAAGUGGAAUUAUUAAAGUCUUCACUAGCAAUCCCUCCCCAGCUGUGCUGUGCUUCAGGGUGAAAAAUAUCAGCAGACUUGAGCAAAUUCUUCCAAAUGCACAACUUGUGUUCAGUGAUCCGUCACAGUGUGAUUCCAACACAAAAGAUUUUUGGAUGAACAUGCAAGCUGUUACUCUCUACCUCAAGAAGCUAUCUGAGCAAAAUCCAGCUGCCUCUUACUAUAAUGUAGAUGUAUUAAAGUAUCAGGUAUCAUCAAAUGGCAUUCAGUCCACUCCUUUGAAUCUUGCAACAUAUUGGAAAUGUAGCGCCAGCACCACAGAUCUUAGAGUGGAUUAUAAAUAUAAUCCAGAAGCCAUGAUGGGUCCUAGUGUGCUUUCUAAUAUACAGGUGGUAGUUCCAGUGGAUGGAGGAGUCACAAAUAUGCAGUCCCUUCCCCCUGCAGUAUGGAAUGCAGAACAAAUGAAAGCCUUUUGGAAAUUGUCUGGUAUUUCAGAAAAAUCAGAAAAUGGAGGUUCUGGAUCCCUCAGAGCAAAAUUUGAUCUUUCAGAGGGCCCCAGUAAACCCACAACACUUGCAGUACAAUUCCUCAGUGAGGGAAGUACCCUCUCAGGAGCUGAUAUUGAACUUGUUGGCACUGGCUAUAGGCUUUCCUUAGUAAAGAAGCGGUUUGCCACUGGACGAUACUUGGCAGAUUGUUGAUCAACCUGGGAAUGUGGUGGCUCAAGGGAGUAGUACAAAUCUGCCAUUCUGCAUUACCGGUUCUUUCCAAACACUAUUCUAACUUGUAUGUUGUCUUUCAAAGCUUAGAUAUAUUUGAGAACUGAUAUAUUUGAGAACAAACAUUAAAUCGCACUUUUAAAGUGAGUCAUUGAAAGAAAUAGCACUGAAAUGAUUUUCACACUGCAAAUGAUCAAAUGCAAUAUUCAGGAAGCACAUUUCUUCAUAGUUUCAAUAAAAAUGAAGUUUUCAUAGGCUGAAAUUUUAAAUUAUCUCAGUGUUUAUAUUGAAAAAAGGAGGUAAUAGUGUAAUAUCAAGCCUAAAAUUUCAGGAGAGCAAGCACAAGAUUAUUUAGCUUUCCAUAAAUUUUUAGAGUCAGAAAUAGUUGUGAGAUUUCAUAAGUUUGAUAUUGAAUGGAUACAAACGAUGUGAAUUCUAAGUUUUAGAUAAUGUUAGCUCAGAGCACUCAAUCAGAUUGAGUUAUGUGCCAUAAGUUAGUCAGAACAGAGUCCGCGUAGUAUGCAAAAAAUAUAUAAUUGGAUUCUGAUAAACAUAUUAAUAAAGUGUAAAUGGUGUUUUAUAUGGUUUUUAAAAAAAAUUCUCAAGUGCAAUGUGUUUUAAAAUAAGCUUACAAAAAACAGCAGAGAAUUUACUUCUACAGUUAAUUAACUUUAUAGAAGUUGUGAUUGUUUUGAUGAAUUAAUGCUGUAGAUUUAAUUUAUUUUUAUAUGGAUUGCAUAAUAUGUGCCUUUUAAAACAAUAACAAAA